GAAUUUGCUUUUGGUCAAUCACAAAGUUUCUAACUAGAACUGUGAAAUGCUUUAAUGAACCUCCUUAUGAUCUCAUAAUUUUAAAUCAACCUAUUUCUCUUCGAAAAAAUAUUUUCCAUACACUAUGGGAAAAUGCAAAUAUGAAGAUUUGUGCUGACGGUGGUGGAAAUCAACUUUAUGAUGCUUUUGAGGGAACUGACAAAUAUAUUCCUCACUAUAUCAGAGGAGACUUGGAUUCUUUGAGAGAUAAUGUCCGAGAUUUUUAUAUUUCUAAAGUUGAAAGGGAUCAGGAUCAAAAUUCCACUGAUUUUAUGAAAUGUAUUGAACUUGUUCGCAGAAAGGAAGGAGAUUCUUCCAUAAAG